GGCUGCUGUGAGAGGGCGCUCGAGACUGCUGGAGAGCGAACCAGCGAAGGAGGCGGGGAGGCGGCGGCCGCGCUCGCUCGCCUGCUCGUUCGCUUCCCGGCGCCGCUGCGGGUCGGCCGCUGCGCUUCUGACUGGCCUGCCGCUCCGUUGCGCGCCGCCAGAGCAGCCGCCCAACAGCCGGGUCCCGGCUGGGUUCGGAGUCUUGCGCGCCCGCGGACUCUGAGCGGAGGGCGAGUCCGCGCCACACCUGUGGAGCCGGCGGCCGUCGGGGGUGCCGGCCGAGGUCCCGCCGCGUGCGUGCUCGGGGCUGCAGGCCGGCCGGGCCCCGGGCGAGGCGCGCCCCCCAGCUGGGCGCCGCGGGCACCAUGGGGCUCCCCGCUCUCGAAUUCAGCGACUGCUGCCUCGACAGCCCGCACUUCCGAGAGACGCUCAAGUCGCACGAAGCGGAGCUGGACAAGACCAACAAAUUCAUCAAGGAGCUCAUCAAGGACGGGAAGUCACUCAUCAGCGCUCUCAAGAAUUUGUCUUCAGCAAAGCGGAAAUUCGCAGAUUCCUUAAAUGAAUUUAAAUUUCAGUGCAUAGGAGAUGCGGAAACAGAUGAUGAAAUGUGUAUAGCCAGGUCUUUGCAGGAGUUUGCCACUGUCCUCAGGAAUCUUGAAGAUGAACGGAUACGGAUGAUUGAGAAUGCCAGUGAGGUGCUCAUCACCCCCUUGGAGAAGUUUCGAAAGGAGCAGAUUGGGGCUGCCAAGGAAGCCAAAAAGAAGUAUGACAAGGAGACAGAGAAGUAUUGUGGCAUCUUAGAAAAACACUUGAAUUUGUCUUCCAAAAAGAAAGAAUCUCAGCUUCAGGAGGCAGACAGCCAAGUGGACCUGGUUCGGCAGCAUUUCUAUGAAGUAUCCCUGGAGUAUGUCUUCAAGGUGCAGGAAGUCCAAGAGAGGAAGAUGUUUGAGUUUGUGGAACCUCUACUGGCAUUCUUGCAAGGACUCUUCACUUUCUAUCACCACGGUUAUGAACUGGCCAAGGAUUUUGGCGACUUCAAGACACAGCUGACCAUUAGCAUACAGAACACACGAAAUCGCUUUGAAGGCACCAGGUCAGAAGUGGAAUCACUGAUGAAAAAGAUGAAGGAGAAUCCCCUCGAGCAUAAGACCAUCAGUCCCUACACCAUGGAAGGGUACCUCUACGUUCAGGAGAAACGUCACUUUGGAACCUCUUGGGUGAAGCACUACUGUACGUAUCAACGAGAUUCCAAACAAAUCACCAUGGUACCAUUUGACCAAAAGUCAGGAGGAAAGGGGGGAGAAGAUGAAUCAGUCACCCUGAAAUCCUGCACACGGCGGAAAACAGACUCUAUUGAGAAGAGGUUUUGCUUUGACGUAGAAGCAGUAGACAGGCCAGGGGUUAUCACCAUGCAGGCAUUGUCAGAAGAGGACCGGAGGCUCUGGAUGGAAGCCAUGGAUGGUCGGGAACCUGUCUACAACUCGAACAAAGACAGUCAAAGCGAAGGGACUGCACAGUUGGACAGCAUUGGCUUCAGCAUAAUCAGGAAAUGCAUCCACGCCGUGGAAACCAGAGGGAUCAAUGAGCAAGGCCUCUACCGGAUUGUGGGGGUCAAUUCCAGAGUGCAGAAGCUGCUGAGUGUGCUGAUGGACCCCAAAACAGCUUCUGAAACAGAAACGGAUAUCUGUGCCGAAUGGGAGAUAAAGACCAUCACGAGUGCUUUGAAGACCUACCUAAGAAUGCUUCCAGGACCACUCAUGAUGUACCAGUUUCAAAGAAGUUUCAUCAAAGCUGCAAAGCUGGAGAACCAGGAAUCUCGGGUCUCUGAAAUCCACAGCCUUGUUCAUCGGCUCCCAGAGAAAAAUAGGCAGAUGUUACAGCUGCUAAUGAACCACUUGGCAAAUGUUGCUAACAACCAUAAGCAGAAUUUGAUGACAGUGGCAAACCUUGGCGUGGUGUUUGGACCCACCCUGCUGCGACCUCAGGAAGAAACAGUAGCAGCCAUCAUGGAUAUCAAAUUUCAGAACAUUGUCAUUGAGAUCCUAAUAGAAAAUCAUGAAAAGAUAUUUAACACCGUGCCUGAUACGCCUCUCACCAAUGCCCAGCUGCACCUAUCUCGGAAGAAGAGCAGUGACUCCAAGCCCCCGUCCUGCAGCGAGAGGCCCCUGACGCUCUUCCACGCCGUGCAGUCCACAGAAAAACAGGAACAAAGAAACAGCAUCAUCAACUCCAGUUUAGAAUCUGUCGUCUCAUCAAAUGCAAACAGCAUCCUCAAUUCCAGCAGCAGUUUACAGCCCAACAUGAACUCCAGUGACCCGGACCUGGAUGUGCUCAAACCCACCCGGCCCAACUCACUCCCCCCGAAUCCAAGCCCAACUUCACCCCUCUCGCCAUCUUGGCCCAUGUUCUCGGCGCCAUCCAGCCCUAUGCCCACCUCAUCCACGUCCAGCGACUCAUCCCCCAUCAGGUCUGUUGCAGGGUUUGUUUGGUUUUCUGUUGCUGCCGUUGUUCUCUCAUUGGCUUGGUCCUCUUUUCAUGCAGUGUUCAGCCUCCUCGUCAACUUUGUUCCCUGCCAUCCAAACCUGCACUUGCUUUUUGACAGGCCAGAAGAACUGGUUCGUGAAGACUCCAGCACACCGUUCCGGAAGGCGAAAGCCUUGUAUGCCUGCAAAGCUGAACAUGACUCGGAACUCUCAUUCACAGCAGGCACGGUCUUCGAUAAUGUGCAUCCAUCUCAGGAGCCUGGCUGGUUGGAGGGGACUCUAAACGGAAAGACUGGACUCAUCCCUGAGAACUACGUGGAGUUCCUCUAACCGUGGGCCCCAUCAGAGCUGCUGAGCUUUCCGGGGUAUCCAUGACAACUGCUGAGUCCAGAGUUGUAGGCCAUUUCUCUUUGCCACUGAGAAAUGCAGGGUGACUGACUCUGCUGCUACCUGUCAACAUGAAUGUUUCUGUGAACUCUGGUGUCAGCCAUCCCCAUGAUCAUCUCAGCUGAUGUGUGGUGGCACUACAAGAAACAGAAGUAAAUCAGCAGUGGAGGCCAUUUGAUUUUGAUUAACCGAGAGAAAGGCUUGCAAAGCCAUUUCUCUCAUUUAGCACCCAAAUAGGGAGGGCUCAUUUUGUUUCAACAGUCAUCCAAACCCCCAACCUUCUGAAAAAGGAAGGAAGUAAGAUAUAAGUAGUUUCCAAGAGCCUGCAGUGUAGCUGAGUCGGACAGGCCUGGGCAGGGGCUCCGAGAUCCAGGCUGCGUCCAUUGCUUUUGUUUACAGUAGACACUCUCUCGACCCCACCUCUGAAGACUUGAGACCCACAAUGCUACAGGCAGCUGGGUCUGUUUGUUUGCAUGCAGGAUGGAGAGGGGUUACGGCUCCGUUUACAGAAGACCCAAUCUCUCACCAUCUCUAAAGCAGCCGUUGGCCCAGCGUCAGCAGAAUUCAGUCCAGUCCUAUCAUGCAAGGGAACACACACACCCCAUGUUCCCCCCUCCCGAGCUAGGCACUUCUCUGCCACUGAGGGCUGCCAUCACCUUGUAACCACAGCAACCCAGCCUACUCUAAAACCAAACCAAAAAAAUAACACACUCUCUUUGCAUGACAUAUUUUUUUCUCCCCCCAUUUUGGUAGUUUUCUGAAUGGUGUUCCAACAACCUGAAGCAGAAGAUCAAGGAAUCAGAAUGGUCUACUCGGGGCAGACAGAAUAGCAGCUGGGAACUGCUCCCUUUCUGAUGAAUUUCAGCAGCAUCAGGAUAUAUUUGGAGCCAACUCUAGUAACCUCUUGAGAUUAAAUGAAACAGGCUCAGUAUUUCUGUUCUUCCAUGCAACUAGUGUUUGCUUUCUAGAGGGCAAUGUGCUGGCCCCCAACGGGUGACACCCUCCCUUUGACUCAUUCCCUCAUGACCUCCUGAUCACCUGUCCCUCCCCCGGCCCUUCCUCCUCCAGCCCAUCACUGACCAGCCCCCGGGCAGUUCCCUGGGCUGCUGAGCACUGGUGCCCUGGCAGUUUUCAGGGAAGAUUCCUGGGCUAACCCUAUGACCUGUAGUUUAACAGGACACGUAUGUCCACUGCCACUCAGAAAAAGGGAAUUGUUUCUCAGGCUUUUGAGGCAUGAGACUAAUGUCAUAAGCCAUUGUGAUUCAGGAGGACACCAAAAGGUUGGGGCGUGGGAGGUGGGAUGGGUACCUUCUAAAAGAAUUUCCUGGUCCAGAAGCGGCUAGGUCUUGUGGAAGACUGCCUUGGGUGGGAAGUUCGGCCUGGACAUUUCAGAUACACUUGGCCUCCAAAGAACAGAGUCCCCAAUAUCUUCCACAUUUGAAUGUCCUCACAGGAGUGACUCUGGGCAGACAAACUCCAAACUGAUGGACUGUCAAGCUCCCCAGGAGCCCCUCGGGAUGGCAGCGUUGCUCCAGAGUGUUUCCUGCUUCUGGAAUUCCUCUUUAGGGAAGUUUAAAGAAGAAAAGAAAAACUUGAAUUGUGUUGAAUUACUGUAUCUUUUACUUUUUUUUUGAAAAGAUAAACUUGUAAAUAGAGUGAUUUGAAAUCCUAUAUGGCAAAGUUUUAUAUUUGAUAUUGUUUAAGCUAGUUGUUCCACACAUUUAAGCUUUGAUUGCUGAGCAAGUGUGAAUAAGAGGGAGAGAGAGGAGGCAAGGUUGGAGAGAGUCAAGGUCGUCUCUUCUCUGGCCUUGAAGAAGGAGAAGAUCUCUCUGCCUACACUCUGCUGGCUCUUGUUGGUGGGCAUGCCACAUCGAUGGUGUUCAGUCUUCUUUAUCCAGAUGUGUGUUUGAGCAUUUCUUGAGCUUUGGAUUUGGAGAUGGAAAGAGCAUCUUCAGGCAAUGAAUUUUUUGAAGAACUCCUACUCAGUAGUAAGAUGAAGCUCAGGAUUUAAAUAGGCAGGGCCAAGCGUUAGAGUUUUUUUCAUUUUUCUUCUCAGGUGUAUUUCUUGGUACCCCAAGAUAUCAGGACAAAAGGAGAUGGGAUAAUUGUGUGCUCCUUAUAUCUAACUCUCCUGCACAUCUUCUUAGGCUUUAUAAAUGAGGCCAAGCUAGCUUGCAAAUAUUGUGUGUGUCUAAGUUCUAAGAAAAACUGGCUUCUUACCAUCUUCAGUUCUCAAUAUGCUGCUGCCUCCCCUUUCCCUUCACAUGUUUGUGCCCUUCCUGUCAUCUCAGAUUUCCCAGUACCCCAAAGAGGGAUGGAGAUUGUGCUGUUAUAACUUUAUAGAUGGUUUUAAAGUUAAUAGGAGUUGUCGUUGUAAUUCAGUUCGUCAGCUCGAGGAUUACACAGCUCUUAUCCAGGAGCUCACCCUUCAGCAAGCAAGACACUACCACUGAAUCAGGGAACAAGGAUUAAGACUGGACAAGAACAAGACAGGACUCAGGAGAGUUGUCAUUGAAAACCCAAGAAGGGAGCAUCCAGACAGGCUAUACCUACUCCCGCGGACUUUCAACAGCUUGGGGUCCUGUUCAAAGGGGCCUGAGGGGACAAGCACACUCUCUACUACUGUGCUUCCCAAAUAGAAAGUUUGCAGCUUAAUGUUGUUAACACAUUUGAUGUUUUAAAUUGUCACCUGCCCUGUUGGAACAUUAACUAGAGCUGCCGUGGAGGGGCAGAAGGCCCCUGGCUUUGGGAGUUCCUCGCUGAAGCAUACCUGUGGACGCUUGCCCCCAACUUGACCACUUGGAAACAUGUCCCUCCCUCCCUCAGUUGGCGCUGAUUUGCAGCCAGAGGGAAAUGGAGCUGUUGCCAAUGGGAAUUUUUAGGCAGACCCCUUCUCAGCCUCCCUGUGGCCAUGCUGGGCCUGUGACAGAUGGCUGCUCUGUUUCCUUUCCCCAGCCAGGCUCACCUCCUCCCCAUUUGCUACAGAACUGGAGAAACUGUUCAGAAUAUGAGCCAACAAAUAGGAAGGAAUUUGAAGACUAAAAAGCAAUUUUACCAUCUCCACCCCUGACUCUGCUUGAAUAGAGAGUUUUAGUGCAGAUUAGAAGAGUGAACUGGGAAUAAGGAAGACUAUUGACCAAGAUCCCUGAGCCUUCCCAGGAGCCUCAUGUUUCUUUUGUGAGGCCCUGGGGUCAGUUUGGCAUACAGAGCCUGAAUCUUUUUUGGGUAUUCAGAUCGAUCUCUCACUCCUCCUCCAGGUACUCACAGAAUUCCAUAGCUACAGAAUGACAUGCCACGAGACGAUAACUAGUCUCAAAUCUCUGCCCCAAGACAAGUCAAUUCAACUUGCUCAAGACUGAUAAUAUUCUCUUGUGUUUUCAGAAGUAAACAUAUAGGGUUGGACCCUGUACAGCACGCCUUCCUUGGUAUCCUAUCAGCGGAGCCAGUUUCUAGCUUAGUGUUUUAGUAUUUCCACAGCCAAUAUGUGUUUUCUUCUGUCAGACCAAACUGUCUUUUUCAGUAUAAUUCCAGUUUAUCCCUCUGGCUGAGUGCUUUUUGUACAGAGAGGCAAAGAGAGAGAGAAAAUGAACAAUCAAGUAUUGGCAGACUGGACAAGCAUUAGCAGGAGAGAGCCAUACCUGUAGCUCAAAGGGAAGUCCUCCUGUCAACUGAGUUUGUAUCUCUUGAAAGUCACCAAAAGCUCUGUCUUGACUACAGAGGCUCUAAAAGCCUUCAUGACCAAGGGUUAGGGAGACAGAAAUAAUUGGCUAAAGAUAACGUGAUCAACUCCUCACGGCUAUCUGUUGGCACCUUUCAUCCUCUGGCUUCUGUUUCCAAAAGUAAGUCUGGUCUACCCAUUUUUAUAGACACAGGACUUCCGGGUACAACAGUGGCCAACAUGGCACCCAGUUUUCCCUAGUACUGAAUGUUUUAUGAGCAACUGUAUUACCCAAGUAGGUAGCCAGCAUUGAAGAAACCAAACAGCCUCUUUGCUACCUGACUUUAAAAGGAAUGUCCUAGGUGUUCUGUCUCAGGAGUUAUCUAUCAUCUCUUGCAAACUUGACAGUAAUCAAUUAUCUAGACAACCCUGCCCCACAUCUCUUUUAAGUCAACCAAGUGUCCUCUCACACAUCCUGUGCUGGUGUUUAAAAAAUUUGUCUUGUGCUCAAAUGUGUUUGGCAGCCACGCUGUCUGCUGGGUGCUGAACCAUUUCUCUGCAAUUGUAGCAUCAAAAUGACAACAGCAGCAGAGCAAUGAACCUUGCACGAGCCUACAGCAUGUCUGAGACAAGACUCCAACAAGUAACAAUUAGCUUUUUCCUUUCGCCGCCUUCAGUACUUGUCUAACUAAAGAGCUUCCCAAAGCAGGGAGAGAGGCCAUAUAGAUUCCAAACAUCAUUUGCAGCCAGCCCUUGCUGAAAUGUGGUCUUCCAAUGGGAGCACUUGUAUUCUUGGGAGAAGUAUUGAAUGUAAAGUAAUGCUAGGAGCAGAGAGAGAGAAAGGUGAACCAUCCUGAAGAACUUUGGAGUUUUUCUUAAGAGGAAUCAAUGUAGUUCUUAAUAGGGGGGAAAAUCUAUCACAGAAAAAGUUCACAACUGAUAUUUUCACAAAAGUUUUCUAGGAUACUACAAGAUGGAGACAUCUUUCAAGGUGGAAUGCUUUAGGAAGCAAAGGCUUGGUGCAAUCCUAGAUCCAUGUGAGAGUAGUAAUUACUGUUAUGACAAAAUUCUCUUUAGUGUAGUCAGUGAGAACCAGAGUUUUGAUAAUCAAAACAUCAGAAUUACCUGGAGAGGGGCUGGCCCAGUGGUGCAGUGGUUAAGUGCGCACGUUCCGUUUCAGCUGCCUGGGGUUCACCAGUUCGGAUCCCGGGUGCAGACAUGGCACUGCUUGGCAAGC